AUGGAUACUACAGCUUGUCUGAAGUCACUCUUGCUAGCUGCCAACCAGUAUAAGAAUGUAAAGUCUGAAUCAAAUGCCUUACAACUCCAUAGACAGUUGGAGGUUAUUUCAGGGCUAAAGCUGACACGACUCUUUACAUCUAACCAAAUACUGCCAAGUGAAUGUCUUAGCAGCCUUGUGGAGGUGAUUGAAGAUCCAAACACAAAAACGUCAGUAACACUGAAGACCAUUGCUCUUGUUUCACAAUUAGCCACUGAUGGUGAAAUUCGAGACACACUUCAUACUACAUAUAAUCUUACAAGUGCAUUAGCAGCAGUCAUUCAUCGACAUAGUGCAAAUUUAACUGAACCAGUUUUAUUACAGAGUAUUCAGCUUCUGCAGAGAAUUACAUACGAUGUCAGAGUCUUCCAUGCAACUGGCAAUAUUGAUGAAUUAAUUACAUUCCUGAUACAUCAUAUUCAGUCACCAGAAGAUGAUCUCACAAUGCCGUGCCUAGGUCUUAUGGCAAAUCUGUGUCGUCACAAUCUGUCUGUUCAAACUCAUAUGAAAAAUUUGAAUAACGUGAAAGGGUUUUAUCGCUCCUUGAUCAAAUUUUUAGCUCACAGUAGUCUUACAGUGGUGGUGUUUUCGUUGUCUAUUUUGACAAGCCUUACUUUAAAUGAAGAAGUUGGUGAAAAGAUUUUUCAUGCCAAGAAUAUUCAUCAGACUUUUCAGUUAAUAUUUAACAUUCUUGUGAAUGGAGAUGGAACACUGACGAGGAAGUACUCGGUCGACCUACUAGUGGAUCUCCUCAAAAAUCCCAAAAUUACAGAUUAUCUUAGCAGAUAUGAGCACUUUAGUUCUUGCCUCGUUCAGGUUUUAGGACUUUUGCAUGGAAAAGAUCCUGAUUCAGCAGCAAAGGUUUUGGAACUGCUGCUUGCAUUCUGUUCUGUGAACAGUUUACGGAGGAUGUUAUACCAGACAGUGCUUGGUUCUAGUGCUCAGUGCAGUCGAACUCCAAUGAUUGGGCCCCAUAACAAGUCUCCAGAGCCACUAAUUGCUCUCGUCCAUUGGUCUAGUCAGCCACUUGAAGGCUCUGAGAAAUGUUCUCUGUUGGCUUUAGAACUAGUUAAAGAAAUAUUUGAGGAGCUUCUAGAUUCACCUGGUUGUUCGGCAGCUGAACCUUUCAUUGAAGUUUUAUUGCCAGUUGUCCUGGACCAGCUACAGAUUCCAGAACACUCCCUAGAAGAACUGCUUUUAAAGAAGAAAUGUGAGAGAACUGUGAAAGCAAUCAAUGUUUUGUUAGUUUUAUGUGGAGAUGAUGUAUUGAAGGCACACGUUGCUAAGGUUCUUACUGCUUGUAGAUGUGCGUCAUUGGUGGAGUAUCAGUUUUCUUUUAGUACGGUAGAUGGUUUUGGAUCAAAAGCAGUUGACUCUGAUAUAUGCAAAAUAGGUGCUGAUGUCAUUUUGAAGAUGCUGGACCUGAUGAGCAGACUGAAGCAACUGGUGUCAAACAUGGAAGUGUGUUUCUACAAACUUCUUCAGGACCAGAGGUUGAUCACACCGCUGUCUUUUGCUUUGACAUCAGACGACAGACAGCGUGUUCAGUCUGGACUGAGAAUUCUAUUUGAGGCAGCACCUCUGCCUGAUUUUCCAGCUAUAGUGCUUGGAGAAAGCAUUGCUGCAAAUAAUGCUUACAGAGACCAGGAAAUUGGCCAUCCAGUGAAAAGAAUUUCUGCACAUGAGCAUUCUGCCUUCUUAAUUGCACCUAAAAACUAUUCAUCUUCUGAUCAUUUAAACAGUAGCUCUCUGGGGUCCACCAUUCCUGACCUUGUUGAAAAACUGCAGUCUAGCAUGGAGAUAAAAGAGCAGUUCAAAGAUGUGAGGAUUUCAGAAAUAAUGGACAUUUAUGAACAGAAGCUUUCUGCACUAGCAUCCAAAGAAAGCAGGUUGCAGGAUCUCAUGGAAGCAAAAGCAUUAGCUCUCGUACAGGCUGAUCGACUGAUUGCACAGUUUCGUUGUCAGAAAAUACAAGCAGAAGCAGAGGCGAGAAAACUGGCUGGACUUCUUAAAGAUGCAGAAAGAAAAAAUGAGGAGCUUGAGGGCUUGCUUGUGGGACAGCAGGUGGAAUCUGAACGUGCAAAGAAGGACAUUGAACAACUGUUUCAACACAACAGAAAGCUGCAGACUGUAGCUGAGGAACAUGAGAACUUGAAAGCAAAUUUUGCUGGACUCCUACAAAAGUACGACGUUUGUGAAAAACAGUUAAGAGACCUGCAGAUUGCUCAUAAUUCUUUAAAUAAACAUGCAGAAACUCUGAAAAAGCAAAAUGAAGCUUUCAAGAUUCAGAAUGAUAGAACUGCUGCACAGUUAGCAGAGGUGGAGGAACAGAGAAGUCAACUUGCCAAACAACUGCAAGAUAAAGAAAAUACAUUAUUAAGCCUGCAGCAGAAACUGAAACUUUUAGAAGACACACUGAAGCUUAAGGAAAAAGAAAAAGAAGACAUGGAAGAAACCAUUGAUAUUCUUAGAAAAGAACUAAGUAAAACCGAACAGGCAAGAAAAGAGAUAAGUAUUAAGGCUUCUUCUUUGGAAGUUCAGAAGACUCAGUUGGAAGCUCGUUUGGAAGAAAAAGAAACCAUUCUAAAAUCCCAGCAAGAGGAACUAGCGAAACACUCCAAUAUGAUUGCCAUGAUUCACAGCCUUAGCAGUGGCAAACUGAGAGCAGAUACUGUAAAUCUUAGUCUGUAAACCCAGUGUAGUUAUAUGUUUCAGUAUGUGUAUUUAUUCUAGAUUUUAUAGAAAACUUUCUAAAUGUCACAAUGGUUUUGUUCAGGUAUCAACUACAGGCAGAAAUUAAUAUACAGUGUAAACUCUCAAAUACUUUUAGGUUCUCCUUUGAUAGUAAGCAUUAAUAAACACGAUUGCAGGUUUGUAUUGAAAGAGGCAGCUGCCCUCUACCACUGUAAAACUGUAUGUUAUUGCUUUAUUUCAUGUUGCAAGAAGUUUAAUUGGCUGCAAAAGGGUACCUUUAGAAAUGUAAGGUCCAGCUGUUUUAAAACAUUUGAUCAGUAUAUUUAGAAGCAUCAUAAGUUAUUUUACUGUGCUGUUUAAAUGCAUACCACAUUUGCAUUCCUUUAAAAUCUUCAUAGCUGAGCAAGUCUUUAAUAACAAUUGAACUUAAUUCUGUGCUCCACGAAGAUAAAACAACAUGCUGCUUAAAUAAUUAAAAUUGUGAUUUACUACUAGGAUGUAAGAUAGUCAUCCUCGUGUCCAUGAAUUUACAAAAAUGAAUGCUGUUCUGUAUGUAAUGUAUGUAAUACUAAAUGUAUGAGUGAAUUUUCAGUAAAACUUUUAAUAUGUG